UAAAUUCUUAACUUGAAAGUAAUAUUUAUUAUUUAUAUUUACAGUUAUGAUUGAAAUUGUAUAAACAAUGUCUGAUGUUAACAGUUUAUUUGAUUGUUUUGACGAGUCAGCUCAAAAUGAAACUCCUACGCCGUUCCCAAGCAUUCAAAACAGCAAAGAUAUAUCUGCCAUAUCUCAAGAUUCUUCAUCAUCAACGAACAAACGGCCACAUGAGGAGGUAGAGUAUGCAGAUACAUCAGAAGCAAAAAAAACAAAACCUGAUGAGGAUCCUUCAGAAUUAAUCAGUGACAUUAACUUAGAACUACUCAAUUCCCGAAUUGUUAUACACACUUUAGAGACACAUGAAGGCUGUACACAUGAGGUGGCAAUACCACCAAACCAUGAAUAUGCACCACUAAUACCCCUCACAUCCGAACCGGCCAAGCAAUACAGUUUCAUAUUGGAUCCCUUUCAAAAAGAAGCCAUAUCAUGCAUAGACAAUGUGCAAUCUGUACUAGUUUCAGCUCACACAUCUGCUGGUAAAACAGUUGUCGCCGAAUAUGCCAUUGCUCUUUCACUAAAGAACAAACAAAGAGUCAUAUACACAACCCCAAUAAAAGCACUUUCCAACCAGAAGUACAGAGAGUUCUCAGAAGAGUUUCAUGAUGUUGGUCUUAUUACAGGAGAUGUCACUAUUAAUCCCUCAGCUUCUUGUCUCAUUAUGACCACUGAGAUUCUAAGGAACAUGUUGUAUAGAGGCUCGGAGAUUAUGCGUGAAGUCGGAUGGGUUAUAUUUGACGAGAUCCACUAUAUGAGAGAUAAGGAGAGAGGUGUUGUUUGGGAAGAAACAUUAAUCCUGCUGCCAGACAAUGUACAUUAUGUGUUCCUGUCUGCUACAAUACCCAACGCAAGGCAAUUCGCCGAGUGGGUGUGUCGGCUACACUCGCAGCCUUGCCACGUGGUUUAUACAGAGUACCGACCAACACCACUCCAGCACUAUAUCUUUCCAGCCGGCGGUGAUGGUAUCCAUCUUGUUGUUGAUGAAAAGGGACAAUUUAAAGAAGACAACUUUAACACAGCGAUGGCGGUGCUCAGUAAUGCCGGUGAUGCGGGUAAAGGUGAUCAGCGUGGCCGACGUGGUGGUUCUCGAGGGGGCAACCAGACUAAUAUCUUCAACAUAGUCAAGAUGAUCAUGGAGCGGAAUUUUGCCCCCGUAAUUAUAUUCAGUUUUAGCAAGAAAGACUGUGAGGCGUAUGCCAUGCAGAUGGCCAAAUUGGACUUUAACACAAUUGAAGAGAAGAAGCUGGUUGACGAGGUGUUUAAUAACGCCAUGGAUGUACUGUCCGAGGAAGAUCGCAAGCUGCCGCAAGUUGAGAACGUAAUACCACUGCUGCGACGUGGCAUUGGCAUCCAUCAUGGUGGAUUGCUGCCCAUUCUUAAAGAGACCAUCGAGAUAUUAUUUGGGUUGGGACUAAUAAAGGCUCUGUUUGCUACAGAGACAUUUGCGAUGGGAUUAAAUAUGCCAGCCAGGACUGUAGUUUUCACAUCUUGCCAGAAAUUUGAUGGAAAAGACUUCAGAUUUAUAUCAUCUGGCGAGUACAUCCAGAUGUCAGGUCGCGCGGGUCGGCGAGGUCUUGACGACAAGGGUAUAGUGAUACUGAUGAUUGAUCAGAAGAUGACGCCUACAAUCGUUAAGGACAUGGUUCAAGGCAAAGCGGACCCCAUCAAUUCUGCUUUCCAUCUCACAUAUAACAUGGUUCUAAAUCUGUUACGAGUGGAAGAGAUCAACCCUGAGUACAUGUUGGAAAGAAGUUUCUUCCAGUUUCAAAAUCAGGCUUCGAUUCCGGAUCUAAUAGACAAGGCGAAGGAUAAACAAAAGGAGUACAACGCACUAACAAUCGACGAAGAGCACUCAAUAGCAGCAUACUGCACCAUCAGGUCGCAGCUGGAUCUGUUGGGUUCGCAGUUCCGAUCGUUCAUCACUCGCCCUGAAUAUCUGAAGCCUUUCUUGCAGCCAGGCAGAUUAGUUAAGGUUAAAACAGAAAAAUAUGAAUAUGACUGGGGUAUCAUAGUGAACUUCAGGCAUCGCACGCAGAAAGGCAAGAAGGGACAGGAAGAAAACCCGUUAACAUCGGAAGCUACCAUCGUUGUCGACAUACUGCUGCACGUGAAGAAAUCUGUCGAUGACGAUCCGGAGAGCAACGUGCCCUGCCCGCCAGGAGAGACUGGUGACAUAGAAGUGGUGCCCGUUCUUCAUACCCUGAUCUAUCAGAUCAGCUCCCUGAGGGUAUACUAUCCUAAGGACUUACGACCCUCGGACAGUCGGAAAUCUGUUCUGAAGACCAUCGGGGAGGUCAAAAAGCGCUUCCCCGAGGGACCACCACUUUUGAACCCCAUAAAAGAAAUGAAGAUUACUGACAAAGUAUUCAUAGACUGCGUUGAUCAGAUUAAAAAAUUGGAAGAAAGAUUAUAUGCACAUCCUCUACACAAUGACAAGAAUCGCGGCGCUCUCACCGCCGCGUAUAACAGCAAACAAGAACUGUAUGAAGAACUGACGCAAGCGAAGGAGGAUUUGAAGAAAGCAAAGAGUAUACUACAUAUGGACGAGUUGAAGAAGCGGAAACGUGUAUUGCGGCGGCUCGGGUACUGUACGGCUGCGGAUGUCAUUGAGAUGAAGGGUCGCAUCGCCUGUGAACUGAGCAGCGCGGACGAGUUACUACUGACUGAGUUGAUCUUCAACGGGGUCUUCAAUUCGCUGACGUCGCAGCAGAGCGCGGCGCUGGUGAGCUGCUUCGUAUGCGACGAGAACUCCUCGCAGCCCUCCGCCGGCGGACAGGACCUCAGGGGCGUGCUGCGUCAGCUGCAGGAAUACGCGCGUCGUAUCGCGAAAGUGUCAAUUGAUGCUAAAAUGGACAUCGACGAGGACGAAUACGUGAGCAAGUUCAAAUGCACCCUGAUGGACGUGGUGCUCGCGUGGGCGAAGGGCGCCACCUUCUUACAGAUCUGCAAGAUGACUGAUGUGUUUGAAGGUUCCAUCAUACGAUGUAUGCGACGUCUAGAAGAAGUUCUAAGACAGCUGUGCCAAGCGGCCAAGAAUAUCGGCAACACAGAUCUCGAGAAUAAGUUUAGUGAAGCGAUCAAACUACUCAAGCGCGACAUUGUCUUUGCCGCCAGUCUUUACAUGUAAAAUAG